CGAGACGCUGGAUGAGGGAGAGACAGAGAAGGUGGAGUGUAUGGUACAGACAGUAACGUUACAGACAUUGCGAGAUUCGGGGCUCUGAUUCUUCUCGGCCCGGUUGUGUAACUGUUGCCUCUGCACGAGGUGAACCACAAUCUGGAUCUACAGGAGAAGAGUGGACAGUGGGGACGACGGGAAUGAAAGAGGAAUCAUAAAAAAAGAGAUAGCUGAUAGCUAAAGAAAAGGGUAGCGACACUGCAAACGAGCAGCCGAGGAGGAGACAGACCCCGUUAGCACGGACACAGGGAGGCAAAGAGGAGGAGGAAUUAAAGGGAGAAAGACUGAUAAAUACCAAGAGAGGAGAGCCAUUAUCACUAGGCAGGCAUGGCAGAUGCAGAGCUGGACUUCCAGACAGGUGAUGCUGGGGCAUCCACUACCAUCCCCAUGCAGUGCUCGGCCCUGCGUAAAAAUGGCUUUGUUGUGCUGAAAGGCCGACCCUGCAAGAUCGUCGAGAUGUCCACCUCCAAGACCGGCAAGCACGGCCACGCUAAGGUCCACUUGGUUGGUAUCGACAUCUUCUCUGGUAAGAAGUAUGAAGAUAUCUGCCCUUCCACCCACAACAUGGACGUCCCCAACAUCAAGAGAAUUGAUUAUCAGCUGAUUGGGAUCCAAGAAGGCUACCUGUCCCUGCUCCAGGACAGCGGGGAGCUGAGAGAGGACCUGAAGAUUCCUGAGGGGGACCUGGGCAAGGAGAUAGAGAGCAAGUACGACGCCGGAGAGGAGAUCCUGAUCACCGUUCUAAGUGCAAUGGAUGAAGAAGCUGCAGUUGGUAUCAAAGCCCUGGGUAAAUAAGCCACUGCAGGGGCAAGCGGGAUGCACUGGACCUGGGGAAAAGGAGGGGUCAUUGCCUCGUCAAUGCUAUUCUCCCUCUUGUUUCUUUCUUUUUGUCUUUGUUUUUCAUACUCUCCCUCCCUCACUCUGUUUUCUUUGGGUUCAAAUAUGAAAGACCUUUAAUAAAUAAUUGGAAACUGUAAACAUUCUCUAUGUAUAUACACAUAAUAAAACCAGAUCUGAGUCAAGACAUACAGAUGUAAAAACA